AUCACCACUAGGAGCCACUUCCGCCCACACGAAAGAUGGCGGCUCCCUUGAUGGUGAAAUUGUCGGAAUCUUUAGGUUCCCCAGAACCUGCGGUUCGACUGAUUCUGUCCGUUUUAGUCGGGUACCCCUGUGCCCUGCUGUACCGGCGAUUCUUCUUCCACCAGCCACCCACUGUCAUUCACCUAUACCACGCCAUCUCUGGACUGUCUCUGGCGGCUUUCAACUUUGGCACCCAGCUCUAUCACUCUGCAUUAUGUGUCCUUGUCCAGUUCCUGAUGAUGAGGCUUAUGGGAAGGACAAUAACAACCGUCCUGGCCAGCUUUAUGUUUCAAAUGGUAUACCUGCUGUCAGGCUACUACUACACAGCUACAGAAGAAUACGAUAUCAAAUGGACCAUGCCCCAAUGUGUCCUUGCACUCAAACUUAUUGGUUUGUCAUUUGAUUACUAUGACGGUGGCCAGGAACCAUCCAAGUUGAAUGAGGAGCAGAAGAGGUCCGCCCUGGCCAAUGUUCCCUCUCUGCUGGAGGUUAUCGGCUUCUCCUACUUCUACGGCGGCUUUCUGGUGGGACCUCAGUUCACACUGCGCAGCUACCAGAGGCUAGUCAAAGGGGAGCUCACCGACUGCCCCGGACAGCCACCUAACAGUGUUAUACCCGCUAUGAAGCGGUUCUCCCUCGGCCUCCUCUGCCUGGUGAUCUACGCAAUAUUCAGUCCCCACUACCCAGACAGCUAUUACCUAACAGAUGAGUACGACGCUCAGCCGUUCUGGUAUCGCUGUGUGUUCAUCCUCCUCUGGGCCAAAGUCAUCCUGUAUAAAUACGUCAGCUGCUGGGUCAUAGCGGAGGGCGUGUGUAUACUCUCUGGGCUCGGCUAUAAUGGGCUGGGUCAGAACGGCGAGCACCAAUGGGACGCCUGCGCAAAUAUGAAGGUGUGGACGUUUGAGACCACACCCCUUUUCACAGGCACCAUCGCCUCCUUCAACAUAAACACCAACGCCUGGGUGGCCAGACACGUGUUUAAGCGGUUGAAGUUCCUGGGCAAUAAGCUCCUGUCUCAGGUGACCGCGCUUGCAUUCCUGGCCAUCUGGCAUGGCACGCACUCUGGAUACCUCCUCUGCUUCUCCAUGGAGUUCAUCAUCGUCAAUGUGGAGAGACAGGCCCAAGCGCUGGUGAGGGACAGUCCCCUGCUGACCCGCCUGGCCAACAGCCCCCUUACCCCCUUCAUCUACCUGGUCCAGCAGUUCAUCCACUGGCUCUUUAUGGGCUAUCCUUUGGUGCCCUUCUGCCUCUUCACCUAUGACAAGUGGCUCAGGGUGUAUUCAUCCAUUUAUUUCUGCGGCCACAUAUUCUUCUUCACAUUGUAUCUAGGCAUCCCAUAUCUCCGCAAGGUGCUGGUACCUAGAAUAGAACGGAGCGAGAAAAAGGAGGACUAGAGCUACGUUAGGUCUCUGGCUGAAUCGCCACCCAGGAUGUGACUGAAGGGAACUGUGACUUUUAACUAGGAGCAGAUCAGAAAAUAUUUUACAGCCUUUAAUAUUAUGUUCGUGUACACAUUUUUCUUUCUAUUUAUUUUAAUGUUUUGGACGGGACGCACGUUUUUUGGGACCAGGGAGAUGAGGGUACAGGAAAUAACCAUUGUGCCACAAUUGUGAGCCAAUCUGGUGUUUUCUUGAAUUUAGAAAACUUGAGAGACUGAAGUCUUUUAUACACAGAAUAUUGCACUCGCCACUCAUGGGCUCUGGGUCCGUAGGCGGCUCUGUUUUAUGAUCUCUCUUCCUGUUUCAACCCUCCCCUCAAGUCAAAUACACUGAGUAUACAAAACAUCCUAAUAUUGAGUUGCCCCCCCCACACCUUUACCCUCAGAACAGAC